CUCCGGCCGGAAAUCGCGGGUUCAAUUUCUUGCGGAUCCCAAUCGGACCCAGCAAUUUGUUGAUCUUCCGUUGCCGUGUGGACUACACUACCGAUAUCGAUUUUUCUUCAGUAAACAAGGUAGACCGCCGUUCGCCGGCGUUGGGCUCUCUCCCCACGCCGAGGACCUGCUUCCGUUACCAUGGCUUCCGGCCAGAACUCGUCCGGGAACACGCUCAUGGAUCUCAUCUCCUCGGUUCCCACGACGGCGCCAGCUCCCACCGCCACUAGCUCCAGACCUAGCGAGGCCUCGGCUCCCUCCCAGCUCGGCAAGCCGGCGGCGACGGUGGGAAAGCCUAAAAGGUCCACCUUGAUGCAGAUUCAGAGUGACACCAUCGCCGCCGCCAAAGCGCUCAACCCUGUGCGAGCCAUCCCGCAGAGACAGAAGACGACGCCGGUCUCAUAUUCCCAGCUUCUGAGGAGUGUGCAUGAACUCGCAGCCACAUAUGAUCAGAGAAGCUCCCAGAAGCAAUUGGUUAGUCGUGUGUUUCCAAAGCUCGCUGUAUACAGCUCUGUGGAUCCUUCAGUUGCUCCAUCACUUCUUAUGCUUCUUCAACAAUCUGAAGAUAGAAAUGUUUUGCGAUAUGUCUACUACUACUUGGCUCGAAUUUUGUAUGAUAGUGAUUCUGAAGGUUUGAGUCCUAGUGGUGGAAUCCCUACUCCAAGCUGGGAUGCAGUUGCUGACAUUGAUGUUGUUGGAAGGGUCACGAGAGCAGAUGUGAUACCUCGAGUAGUAAAUCAGCUUAGUACUGAGGCCACAAAUGCUGAUAUUCAAUUCCAUGCACGUAGGCUUGCAGCACUGAAGGCUCUUACUUCUGCUUCAGCAAACAGUUCUGAAAUCUUGGAGAAGUUGUAUGAAAUUGUAUUUGGCAUUCUAGAAAAGAUUGGAGAUAUGAAACAAAAGCCUCGGAAGGGCAUAUUAGUAAAGCAAGGUGGUGAUAAAGAGUCUACAAUUCAUGAUAAUCUGCAAUAUGCUGCUCUUGGUGCUCUAAGAAGACUUCCCUUGGAUCCUGGGAAUCCAUUAUUCCUCCAUCGAGCCAUACAAGGGAUUUCAUGCGGAGAUCCGGUUGCUGUGAGGCAUGCCAUGGCAAUUAUCACUGAUAUUGCUACCAGAGAUCCUAAUUCUGUUGCCAUGGCUCUUGGGAAACACAUUGAGCACGGAGGUGCUUUGCAUGACAUACUUCGGUUGCAUGAUGUUCUUGCUAGGGUUUGCCUUGCUAGAUUAUGUUAUGUAUUAUGUAGAGCCCGUGCACUGGAUGAGAGGCCUGGAAUAAAAUUUCAAUUUACUUCUCUUCUUUAUCAACUGCUUCUGGAUCCCAGUGACAGAGUUUGUUUUGAGGCAAUGUUUUGCAUUUUGGGAAAAUUUGAUAACACCGAGAGAACUGAAGAGCGUGCUGCUGGAUGGAUUCGAUUAACAAGAGAAGUUUUGAAGUUGCCUGAGGCACCAUCUGUAACAUUAAAGGAUGCUUCAGUAAAAUUGAAUCGUGAGAAACGUGCUUCUAAAGCAAAGCACCCACAACCCCUUAUGAAACUUGUAAUCCGAAGAUUAGAGAGCUCUUUCCGAAGUUUCUCCAGGCCAGUUCUUCAUGCUGCUGCAAGAGUUGUUCAGGAAAUGGGAAAAAGUAGGGCAGCUGCAUAUGCUUUGGGUGUGCAAGUUGAUGAAGCAAUGCAACUACAUUCAUCUGAGAAUGAUGAUCCUCCUGAUUCACAGCUCAUGGGAAGCUCAAAAUCUGCAGAAUCACACAAGACUUUAUUUCCUUCAACUGGUCCAGGUGGCAUUGAUACUAUUGCAAGUUUAUUGGCUUCACUACUAGAAGUAGUGCGCACAACUGUAGCAUGUGAAUGUGUUUAUGUUCGUGCUAUGGUAAUAAAAGCUCUGAUAUGGAUGCAAAACCCACAUGAAUCAUUUGAGGAACUGGGAUCUAUCAUUGCAAGUGAACUGUCUGAUCCUGCUUGGCCUUCCACUCAAUUGAAUGAUAUCUUGCUUACUUUGCAUGCUCGGUUUAAGGCAACACCAGAUAUGGCAGUGACACUUCUUGAAAUUGCAAGAAUAUUUGCCACUAAAGUCCCAGGGAAGAUUGAUGCUGAUGUGCUGCAACUGCUAUGGAAAACAUGUCUUGCUGGAGCUGGGCCAGAAGGGAAGCAUACAGCAUUGGAAGCAGUCACCAUUGUUCUUGACUUGCCACCUCCUCAGCCUGGGUCUAGGUUAGGACUGGUAUCUGUUGACAGAGUGUCUGCAUCAGAUCCUAAGUCUGCUUUGGCUUUACAAAGAUUAGUGCAGGCUGCAGUUUGGUUUCUUGGUGAGAAUGCAAACUAUGCUGCCUCUGAAUAUGCUUGGGAGUCAGCAACACCUCCUGCUACAGCACUUAUGAUGCUAGAUGCAGACAAAAUGGUGGCCGCUGCAAGUUCACGGAAUCCAACACUUGCAGGUGCUUUGACACGUCUUCAGAGAUGUGCCUUUAGUGGAAGUUGGGAGGUUCGGAUUGUUGCUGCUCAAGCCUUAAUGACUAUUGCAAUUAGGUCAGGGGAGCCAUAUCGAUUGCAGAUAUAUGAAUUUUUACAUGCUUUAUCUUUAGGUGGUGUUCAAUCCCAGUUCUCACAAUCACACUUCAGUAAUGGGGAAGAUCAAGGUGCUAGUGGUACUGGUAUUGGGUCUCUAAUUAAUUCUAUGCUAAAGGUCCUUGAUGAAAUGUACAGGGCACAGGAUGAUCUCAUUAGAGAUAUGCGUAAUCAUGAUAACAACAACCAAGAGUGGACAGACGAGGAACUCAAGAAAUUGUAUGAGAACCAUGAGAAGCUUCUUGAUUUAGCUUCUUUGUUCUGCUUUGUUCCCAGGGCAAAAUAUCUUCCACUAGGUCCUACCAGCGCCAAACUCAUUGACAUCUACCGUAACCGACAUAACAUUGGUGCAUCUACCGGACUGAAUGAUCCAGCUGUUGCUACUGGAAUAUCUGAUCUGGUAUAUGAAUCUAAAGCAGCUCAUAUGGAGCCUGAAACCAUUGAUCCGGAACUAGCAAUGGCCUGGGCAGCAGGUUUAGAUGAUGAUCUAUUGGGAACUAAUGCCCCUGCAUUGAAAAAAGUAAAUGAAUUUCUUGCUGGUGCUGGAAUUGAGGCUCCAGACAUAGAGGAGGAAGAUGAGAGCCUGAUGUCUCGUCCAUCUGUGGCUUAUGAUGACUUAUGGGCUAAGUCUUUUCUAGAAACUGACGAACCGGAGGAAGAUGAUGGUAGGUCAUCUGGGACAUCAUCACCUGAGUCAACUGGCUCAGUUGAAACUUCCAUAUCCUCCCAUUUUGGUGGUUUGGGCUAUCCGUCCUUGUUCAGUUCACGUCCAUCAGGUUAUGGAGUCUCGCAAAAUUGGGAAAACAAGUCUGGAAAUGAUGCAACAAGGUUCAGCAACGCAUCAUCCACUUUUGAGGCGGCAGAUUAUCCAGUUAGGGAAGAGACACCACCACCACCAUCUUAUGCAUCAGCGGUUCUUGGAAGAUUUGAUACCUUCGAAAACCCUUUAGCAGGGAGUGGAGCUCAGAGCUUUGGCUCGCAGGAGGAAGAUAGGAGUUCCCAAAAUCCACAGUCUGGGAAAGCAUUGUAUGACUUCACUGCUGGUGGCGACGAUGAGCUAAGUUUAACUGCUGGAGAGGAGGUUGAGAUCGACGAUGAGGUUGAUGGCUGGUACUAUGUGAAGAAAAAGCGACCUGGGAGAGACGGGAGGAUGGCUGGGUUAGUUCCAGUUCUUUACAUCAGCUCAUCAUCUUGAUCAUGAAGGAACGAACUCAUCUACAUAUUUACACAUUGCUGGUUGCAUCAGUCCCAAUCCCUGAAAAUCAUCUCUUCAAUUCCUGUUGUUCAGAUGAAUCCUUAAGCAGGAAGAGCCUGCAUUAUACUGCCUCUGUUUAUAUAGACCUAAACUAUGUCUAUGUUUGUUGUUUGUUGUAGAUCGAUCUGUAAAUAAAUGUUGUACGGGAGGAAUUUUAAGUUGAAUAAUUAUACGUAGGUUUAAGGUUUUAUAUUCUUUUAGAAAAAAAAAUGUAUAAUUCUAACACCAAAAUUUGGUGGAAAGAGACUUAUUUAUUGCACAUGAUGAUAAGAUAUAUCGUGUUCAUCGUAUA